GGUUCACUUCCUCCUUUCCAGCGUGAAAUCAAUAAACUGCAGCAACGAAGCUCAAGUAGGAAGAGAAGAGAAACUGAAGAUUUGGCAGCAAAGGAGUGGGAUUUUCCUGCAGUAGUUUUCCUGUAUCUAACCUGAUGGACAAAGCCUCUAAGAAAUAUAGAUAAAGGAGUGGAAAGAAGAGGAAGCUUCAGUGAGGCGUUCUGGGCUGAAUCUCAUCUACAGCAGGAGGACCAAACAUGGUGCACGUCUACAACUGCCAUCCUUUUGCCUCCCAGCAGAUUGUACAGGUGGAGCAGGAACCUGGACUGGUCUGCUGUGGAGGUGGAGUCCUGUUUGUAGUGGCAACUGGAGGAUGCAAGGUGGAGGCAUAUAGUCUGGAGAAGGAGGGCUGUCCUCUGAUCUGUCGCUUUGCCACCAUGGGCACUGUGAGGAGCAUCCAGCAUAGUAAAAUAGGAGAUUACCUGGUGACCAUUGAAGAAAAGAACAGCGCCACCUACCUGAGAGCCUACACCAACUGGCGCUACCAGGCAGAGGAGAAGGCCCGUGUCGGGGUGCGUUUGUUGGGCCACUUGUUGCGUGGAGCGUCUGUGUGGGGCGGAGUGCAGAUGGAGAUCAUUGAGAUCCCUCUGUCGGAGCGUCCCGUUGCUGUGUCUUGUUGCUCAGUGACAGGAGACCUUCUGGUUGGCUGUCAGAACACUCUGGUUCUGUUUACCUUGAGGAGACAAAACCAGCAGAACCUGAGUCAGAAUCAGCAGAACCCUCAGAGCCCCUCGUCCAACACUCAUCAGAGCUGCAGUCAGAGUCAAGGUCAGACUGCAAGUUCUAACUCAAAUCUUUCUGUCCUGGAUUUUGAACGCUCCGUCAUCCUGCAUCUUCAUAAAAUCACGCCAAGCCAGGUGGCGCUGUGUGGAGGAUAUGUGGCCGUGCAGGCAGAACUGGAAGUUCUCGUACUGAAACUGGAAGCAACGUCUGAAAUGAAAGUUGCAGAAGAAUCAUCCGACACAAAUAAAAGCGCAGAUUAUCUAGAAGACGACAUCGACUUUCUGCUCAUUCCAAGACACGUGGAGUUGCUUGGUGACAGAGCCAAAGACUGCGACAUCCCCGUCAGCAUUGAAAAGACCGGGCUGGAGGACAGGGAACAAUAUGCACUGUCCUACGUUCUUUUCAGGCGUUUUUCUCCAGAGUUCUUCCAAGGCUGCAGUGUGGAGGAGACACACCUCCACUCCCUGCAGCUCUACCCGCUGUUCACCAGCAACCAAUCAGCAACUCUGGAUGAACCAGCAUGUGUGUUCUGCUUCUUCUCUCUCCCCAACACCGGCUACCUGUACAAUCUGAAGGGUGAAGUCGAGCUGCUGUCAGCCUAUCAGUAUCCAGAGAAGGUCCUGGAGGCGGUGCUAACGGACCAUCUGUUGCAUGUCAUAACAAAGAAUGCACUGCAGUGUUUCACAGUACGUUGUUCAGCAGUAGCAGCCAGGAUUGAAGACCCUUACAUCGACACUACCAUGAAGGCUUGUCCACCCAGCAACCUGGAGGUGUGUGCGCUCAGGAUGCAGUUAUUUAUUGGUCUGAGGUCGGUGUGUGUCUAUGGCCGCCAUGUUAUCCUGCUGUCCACCGCAGACACAGAGACACCGGAGGAGACCGAACGCAGCACACAGCGCAGAGGCCUCGAGUUGAAAGAACACACCACGCUGACUGGUAUUUUCCUGGCAGUGGGAAUCGAUCCCGCAACCACCCCAGCUCUGGAGAAUCUUCUUUCCCGGCCCUUACUGAGCAGGAAGUGGACAAUCUCUGCUCCCAAAGAAACCAGCACAGCAGGACACGGAUGGAACAUCUACGUUGUCGACACCGUCUCCCCCCUCACUCUCUACCAGGAGAUGGUUGAAUACAGUCAGCGCUAUGCAGAGACCAAUCCACAGGCCCAAAGUCUUCGGCACCUCCUCAGCGAAGCUCACCUCCUCCUCCUGGCCUCCGUACUCCAAAAAUCAAGACAGCAACAGAACCACGACCCUGCAGCGUCUGUGCAGACGGACGGACAAGAGCUGGAGGAGGCAGUCAGGCAGAACUGUGCCCAGCUAGGAGACUGUUUUAGCAGGGGCAGUCAGAAGGACUGCCACCUGACUUUGCCGUACUACAGGAUGUCUGGUCUGUCAGUCACCAAAGUCAUCUCCAGGAACCGGCCGCUUCCAGGCAGCCCUCACUCCUACGGUCCAGGCUUCCUGUUCUACCUCAGGCAUUAUCUGCUGGAAGAAACAGAGCAAAACCUCAGUCAGGAAACAGCUGAUGAGGUCAUUGACAUUUUCAGCCAAUCAGAGCCCUCACAGCUCAUCAGUGUGUGUGCCAGUGCAUGCAUGAUAAACAUCAGUCCUGACCGGACCUUGCGGAUUUUACAACAUCUGGAGGACACAACGGGCGUGUCAGUUCCACUGACAAUCACCAUGGCAACCUUGAUGCUGCGUUUGGGCGACCUGCCGCAGUACACACAGCUGAUGGAGAGACACGCUGAGAUGCUGCUGGUGUACGGAUUCAUCGAGGAGCCGAGGUUGCUGCUGCUGCAUGUUGGAGGAGGAGGAGGAGGUCAGCACGCUCACGUCCGUCCCACAGCGUUGGCUCACCAGCUGGCAAAGUCCCAACCUGGACUACUGGUGGCUGCCAUGGUGGCUUUACAUGAGAACAACAAAGUUCUGCUGGAACAGGCUGAUCACGCAUUCAAGGAGCUGGGCUGUGAGAACUGCCUACAGGUGGAUUUCUGGGAGGCGAUGCUCAUGGCCUCUUCACAGGACGCCAUCAUCCAGGAGCUUCUGUUCCGGGUGGCGUCUGUCUACAUCGACCGGCUGACAAACUCAGAAACGCACACCAACCUCCCCCACGCAGCUCCAAAACGCAAGCCACUUAAGAGCGCUGACGAUCUGAUCAACUCGUGCUCUCAUUACGGCGCUCUGUACCCGUGGCUCACUGUUCUCAGUCCAGCUCACACUACCAGCUCACAGCACCAGGAGGCGCUGCACAAACUGCAGUCUCUGCUGUGUGGCCCCUCCCUGUCUGUUGGCUCCGUGGUGCCUCUGCUGGAGCGUCUGUCAGAGGAAACCUUAUGGGGCUUCAGUCUGCACCUCCUCUGUGCCACCAGAAGAGGGCAGUAUGACAGCAGCAUAGAGAAGUUGCUGGACAGAUGUCCUCAGGCCAUCAUAGCCUUCGCAAAUCACCAGCUACAGGACAAAAACAUGGUACUUUGGUGGCAGAAGCUGCUCCCAGAGCUUUGUAACCGGACAAGAGCUGCUGCAGACAACAGCAUCCUAUUGGCUGCUCUCAAAGAGACGCUGGUUGUUGUUGCCAUGGAGAUGAGCCCCACAGAGUUCUUGGAGCUGAUACCCGAUGACGGCACGGCGUCCUACUUCCUGCCUCACCUGCUCACAUGUAGCCAGAGACACCUGAUGACCUGAGACACACAAGAGAUGCAGAAAGCGUCUGGAAAGGACCGACACAUUCUGCACUGGAGCGGUUGGACGUUCAGUGUUUUGAUAAAGUCUGAUAAAGUCAGUCUGUGGUCUCUGAAGAGUUUGGUUGACCCCUGACAGUCAUAUUAAACAAGUUAUGGUAUUAAAUAGAUGUUUGGAACAAUAUUUAAUCUAUUUCCUGUUGUCAAGGCUACUGAGAAGCAUUUAUUCUGUUCUGAGAAUUCGUCGUUAUUUGUCCCUCUUGAAUAUGUACAGCUUCACAGUGAAACGACUGAAUGAGCUGUGAGCCCUUUUGAGCUUCAGCUUUUAAACAUACAAAGAUCUGAGAUGAAUUUCAGUGCUGUUAAAUCAAACCAGCUGAUUAAAUAACAUUAAGCACCUCAUCAGAUGUAAGUCAGCAUUUUCUUUCCAUUUCAUUUAUAUUGUCAAAGUAAAAUAAAACUUUUUUUUUUUAUCUCUGAUGUUUUUAGGGAGAAUGUUCUCAUGUGUCACAUGAGCAAAAAGUAUUUAGCACUUUUUCCAACUGUUUAGUAGAUUUAGAGAUAUUUCAUUCAAACUGCAAUCAGCCCAAAACUAUUUGUGUGUUGUAGCUACUGAAUACUUACAGUUUUUAAUUAAAGUGUUCCUCCUCACAUAAAGCUAUCUCAAAAGCUGUCAUUCAUCCCAUCUCGUCUGGUCCGUGUGAAACUCCAGGUAGUAAAGAGUAGGGAUCAGGUUUGUUGUGAGUUUGAAGUUGCUGAUACAGCAGUCAGAAGACAGGCGCUGCUGUUGCUGUUGAUUGUCACUGAUUACAGAUUGCUCACUGUGUGGUUUUUGAUGAGUCGCCGCAGAAAUGAGACGUGACUAGAAGCAAACACUGGUCUGUUUUGACUUUGCCCCCCCAGAAAACACGAUUAGAUAAUGUAGUACUGUGGGGUCUGCUAUCUGGGCUGUCUGGAGACUUAAGUAAUUCAUUAUUUAGUUUGUCUUAAUUUCCAUUCUGGACAGUUGAAAAGUGUUUUUUGUUUGUUUGUUUGUUUGUUUGUUAGACUUGCAUUGACAAUAAAGUAUAUCAUGUUGAUAAUGA